AUGGAUUCUACUCCAUUGUUAAUUGAGGAUGGUUCUCCUCCUCCUGAUGAAAUACAUGAGAAGAAUAAGAGAAUCCAAGAAUUAGAAAAUUUGUUGCAGAAGAGGGAUGAGGAAAUCAAGACUCUACAACAGAAGAUUGAGGUUGAACGAUUUGGAAUUCAGCGGUUUUCAAAUGACGAUUCAAUGAUUCAAUUUUACACAGGAUUUACUACAAUGGCUAUGUUUUUAGCUUUUUUUGAAUACAUCAAACCUACUGCAACGUGUAUGAAAAGCUAUUAUUAUAAAUCUUGUGAUAAACCUAACCAGCAGGUAAAUGUAGGCAAACAAAGAAGCAUGUUGUUAAUUGACGAGUUGUUCAUGUUCUUAUGCAGGUUGAAGUGUGGUCUAAUGGCACAAGAUUUAGGAGUCAGAUUCAAUUGUCAUGUUUCUACUGUUAGUCGAAAGAUCAUAACAUGGGCAAACUUUCUUUAUUUUAUUUUAGGCAGCAUAAAUAUCUGGCCUAGUAAGGAACACAUUUAUGAAAAAAUGCCCCAGUCCUUCAAGUUGUUUUACCCCUCAACUAGAGUCAUAAUUGACUGCACAGAGAUUAAAACUGAGCGUCCAUCAUCCUUAGCACUUGGGUCAAAAUGUUAUUCAACAUAUAAGAGUUCACACACAUGGAAAGGGCUUGUAGGAAUCGCUCCUCAUGGAGCUCUCACUUUUGUGUCCUCAUUAUACACAGGGUGCAUGUCAGACGUCGAAAUAACAAAAUUAUCUGGCCUACUUGAUCUUAUGGAAGAAGGUGACUCAAUUAUGGCUGACAAAGGGUUUGUGCUGAACAAGGUAUUAGAAGGUACAGGCAUUUCUGUCAACACCCCUCCGUUUCUUCUUAGCCAAGGUCAGUUUUCAAAGCAGGAAGUAGAACAAACACAAAUUAUUGCAAAGCUAAGAAUACACAUUGAACGACAUAUUCGUAGGGUCAAAGAAUACCAUCUCUUUGAUGGCGUCAUCCCAUUGAGUAUGACUGGUACUAUAAAUCAGAUCUGGACUGUUGCUAAUAUGCUGACUCUGUUCAGAGGUCCUCUUGUCAAAGAUUGGUGUAAAUGA